CAGUGAGGAGGUGGGGGGUGGAGCAGCUGGCUCCACAAGCAUUUGCAACAUUUGGAUCACUGGAGGAUGCUUGAAGCGUUGUUGGUACCUCACCUGAUUCAUUUGCUGCGGAUAACAGUUGAGGUAUGAAAUCACACAGAAGUUUAGGACUGACUGGACCGGAAGAAUGUAACUCGUAGGUAGGGUUUGUCUACUAUAUUUAAAUUUAAGGGGGAAAAAAUCUGGAUAACUCACUUAUGAUAAGACUGGCUGCUUUGGUAAAUUGAGAUUUGCAGUAGAUAGAUUUACGACAGAACUUUGGGUGAAGAUGGAAAGUGAUGUUUCUCUGCCCUUUCUGGAUCGCUUCAUGAUCAGCCCACUUGUCACCUGGGUGAAAACUUUUGUUUCUCAUGACGAAGGCCAGCACAUGGACAUAAGUGAAUUGCUGGAUGGAGUCUUUUUGAAUAAAGUUAUGAGCCAAAUACAUCCUCCAUCCGCAACUCAAGCUGCGAUCAAACUGAGCACAGAUCCAAGUCAGAGGGUCCAGAACUUGACCUUUCUUGUUCAGCAAAUCAAGACAUACUACCUGGAAAAUCUGAGACAGUUAAUUCUGAUUCCUCUUCCAAAUGUGCAGCUGCUUUCUAAGACUCCUCAUACUGAGCAAAGUCUGGUGGAAAUGAAGAAACUGUUAUUGUUGCUUCUCGGAUGUGCAGUCCAGUGUGAGAAGAAAGACGAAUACAUUGAAGUAAUUCAGAAGCUUGACUUCAACACAAAAGCAGCCAUAGCUGUGCAUAUUCAAGAGCUGACCCAGAGUCAAAACAAUCUACUGGACGUACAUUGGUUGGAGUGCAGUGGCAUCCCCGCUGAUGAACUGGAGGUUGUAGCAAAGACGAUGGCCGUCAAUCUUCAGAACUUGCUGGACCAAAGGGAAACACAUCUGGAGACUAUAGCAGAGCUAACUCAGGAAAAGGAAGGUGUGGUUCGUGUGCUUUGUAGCACAUCCAGUCCACUGUCUGCCGUCCUUCCUCCCAGCAUGCAACAGCAGCAGGCGGGAGCUCAGCAACACUUGGUAGUGGAACUGGCUGACUCGAAGGCAAAGAUCAGACGACUUAGACAAGAGCUAGAAGAGAGGAAUGAACAAAUACUGGACAAUAGACACGAGCAGGAGAACAUGGAGGAAGAGCUCAAGAAGCUCCAGCAGGAGAAUUUGAAGUUGCUUGUAGACGCCCGUGCAGCCCGUGCCUACCGGGAUGAGCUGGAUGCUCUGAGAGAACGAGCAAUCAAAGCUGACAAGCUGGAGAGCGAGGUGGCACGCUACAGGGAGCAAAUGCACAAGAUGGAGUUUUACAAGGCCAAAGUGGAGGAGCUCAAAGAGGAUAACAGAGUACUUCAGGAAACCAAAGAGGUGCUUGAGGAUCAGUUGGCAGGCUGGAGGGCACGCUCAGAUCAAAUCCACCAGCUGGAAAAGCACAGCCUCUUGCUGAAGGCCCGGAUCCACGACAUGGAACAAGGAAGGGAUGCAGAUCGUAAAUGCAUUGAGGAGCUACAGGAUGAAAACCUGACUUUGUGUUUAGCUCAGAGGAGGACCAUGGAGGAGUCUCAGCACCUGGGAUGGGAGUUGGAACAACUAUCUAAAACUGCUGACAACUCUCAGGGGCGGCAGACUCUAAGCGAGGAGGUGAGUGAGCAGAUACGUAGUCGGCUAUUGAAGUUGGAGAAGGAGAACCAAAGUCUCGUAAAGACUGUUGAGGAGCUCAGAUCUGCCCAUAUUCAAAACAAUGCACAGCCCUACAAAAAAAGCCAACACAGUGAGAAGGAUCAUGUCCAACAAUUGGUUUGCUGCACUGACUGGAACUCAUUGACAAAUGAAAACAUGUCAUUUAUUCACUCUUCACAUGAAGAGAGCAAUAUUCCCAACCCAGGUCCAGUUAAACAGAAGAUUUUCAAUACAGAUCCAGAAAACGAAGAACUUGAGGACAGCUACACCGGCUUUCAGCUCUCACCAAAUAGAGUCCAUUAUUUUGAAGAAAAAGGACAGUUUGAGGAUAAAAAUAGCGGCAAACCCUUUAAAGAUGUUGUGUCAGACCUGGAACUGAACCUGGACAACAAUCUCGACGGUGUCCAUUAUUCUAUUGGAUCACAAAAUCCCUCUCCUGGAUCAAGAAACAGCAGCUCCAACCACGACAACGUCUUCAUGGGCCUGCCAGCACGCUUCACUAAUUCUAACAAGCACACAGAGCGUCUGGAGGCCAAAUGCAGGGCUCUGGACUCCAGUAAUCAACAACUGCAAAGUUCCUUAACCCAUGCAGAGCGAAAAAUCCAUCGAUUGGAAGCUGAAGUUCAAGAACUAGAGGUAGACAACCAGAGCCUCCAGGCCACUGUUGAAGAACUUCGAAUUACUGCACGCCAGUUGGAACAAGUGGAAACAGAGAAGCAGAGUUUAGAACAUGAAACGGCUGAAUUGGAGAAAGCAAAAAGGCAACUGGAGAAAGAGAAUCGCCGACUUCGCCAGCAGGCUGAAAUUCAAGACGCCAAUUUAGAUAGCAGUAAUGUCUGCAUGACAACCCUGGAAAGGGAGAUGCGCUGCCUGGUGAAGGAGGUGGAGGAGUUAAGGGAAACCGCUGAGAGGGUCAAAGGGCUAGAGAGAGACAACAGAGAAUUGGCCAAGCAAGCCGAUAUCAACAUGAGAACCUUAGACACACUGAGAGAGGAGCUUGUCAGUGAGAAAUUGAAGACCCGACAGAGAGAAGAUGAACUAGAAUGUUUGUCCCAUGAGAACGAGAUUAGAAUUCUCAGCCAAAAGAGUAAACAAUCUCUGGAACCUGACAAAACUGAACACAGAUUCAAUAUGCUAGAGUCAGAACUGGAGUUAUCCAUGAGGAAGUCUCUUCAAAUUAAAGAAGACAAGAUGGCUGUGCUAAAAACCCGUCUCCAAGAAUUUUCCACGCUUAAUCAACAGCUUCACCAUGAGCUCAGAACUGUAAAAGUGAACUAUGAGGCCUUGCAACAAAGGCAGCUGGAGGAGGAAGUGAGCGCAUCAAGUGCUUCCCCUCUGAGAGAAAAUAGAAAUGAAAUGAGUGAAUGGCUGCGUGAAAGCCACGAAGCUACCAAAGAGCUGCUGAAUAUUAAAGACCGACUGAUUGAAGUAGAGAGGAAUAAUGCAACCCUGGAGACAGAGCGCCAGGCUCUGCAGGCCCAUUUAAAGCAGAUGGAGAGUCAGUCAGACAGUCACCAAACUCAAAUCCUCGCCCUGCAAAGGCAAGCUGCUGCCCUUCAGGAGAACAACACCACCUUGCAGACACACAAUGCAGACCUGCAGGUGGAAAAAUCCACCCUGAACUCCCAGAGUGCUUCCUUAAUGGCACAGAAUGCUCAGUUGCAGCAGCAGCAGGUGGGAACAGAAAGCGAGAGGGACAGUGCAAUACGUGAACGGGAAGAACUGCGUGGUGCUCAUGAACAGCUAUUACGUGAUCAUGAGCGUCUGGCAGCUCUCCAUGAGCGGCAAGCCACAGAGUAUGAAGUCCUCAUUGGGAAACAAAGCUGUUUGAAAAAUGCCCAUCGGACACUUGAGCUAGAGCACCGGACGCUGCUGGAUAGGUACAACAACCUGUUGCAGCAACGGACCAAAUUAGAAGAUCUGGAGAAAGGCCUGAAGGAAGAGCAAAUGAGGAUGAGUCUGGAGAAGGAACAUCAUCAGGCCGCAGCUGCUGAAUGUUGUAGGCUCCGGGAUGAGAAAGACUGGCUGAAUCAGACUUAUCGUCAACUUUUGAAUGAUAAUGAGGUGCUGUCAGCAGACCACAAGCAACUCAAGAGUCAACUAAAUGAAACCAAGCUGGCACACGCCUGGCUGGAGGCUGAUUUUUCCAAGCUCAAAAAAGAGUAUCAGCAACUUGAUAUCACAUCCACAAAACUCACCAACCAGUGCGAGUUGUUGAGCCAACUAAAGGGGAACCUAGAGGAGGAGAAUCGCCAUCUUCUCAGUCAAAUUGACACACUGAUGCUGCAAAACCGAACUCUGCUGGAACAGACAAUGGAGAGCAAAGAUCUGUUUCACAUCGAAGAACGACAGUAUAUUGACAAACUUAAUGAUUUGAGAAGGCAGAAGGAGAAGCUAGAGGAGAAGAUAAUGGACCAGUAUAAGUUCUAUGAGCCCUCACCUCCUCGCAGGCGAGGAAACUGGAUCACUCUCAAACUAAAGAAAUUGAUCAAAUCUAAUAGUCGUGAACAAGGACUAGAACACCCUCUCACACCAACACACUCGGAGGCUCAACUCUCGUGCAAUGACAGCAGCUCCUUUGUUGGUUCAGAUGGCUCUGGCGGUUCUACCGCUGCAUCAGCAGGUGAUACCAUAUCACCGCAGUCAAACAACACCACACAAAGACUGUUUACCCGUAUGAGGAACAGGCCAAAGAACAAGGACAGAAGGAAGUCUCUCAUCCAACGUUCCUUAUCCCUGAGCAGCAUGGUGCAUCCCCCUGGCCUGUUGGAGCAGGAACAGUGGGCAUACAGCUCUGAGGAGUUGGAAGGGUCAGAAGCUAAUUUACUGGACAGGAAUAAAAUAUUGACCUCAUUCCUCAGCACAUCCAUCUUAUCCGCGCUUCAUUUGCAUCCCACCACUGAACCAUCCAUCCAUCUCCACCCUACAGCCACUGACACUGAUGUCCCAUAUGUGUCAGACCUGACAGACAAGGAUUCAAAUGAUAGUGCGUCGCCAUCUGGUUUUGAGGACAGCGACGAGCUGCAGCAUCACGAGAUUAACACCACCCAGAGUCGAGCUCAAAGUGAGAGCAGUGGUGAGUUCAGCAUGAGCCUGGAUAAUGAACCCUGGUCAAAUGGCAGCAGCCCGGUCCAGCAGCAACUCUCCCGCCAUUCCUCAGUCUCGUACCAGCCGCCUAUUGACCUCUCCACACCGCAGCACACACAGCAAAUCUCCUCCACAGCACACAAGGAGAAAGCUUCGAGCAUUCCUUUGACAAAUAGCAAAGAAUCAGAGCUCAGUCUUAUAUCUCAACAGAAAGAGCCUACACCAAAACAGGACGUCUGGCCAACACGUGGGAUAAAGAGCAUUAGAAGGGGAUCUAAAGGAAAACUGACACGUCGUUCGUCAGAUUCAGGGGGCAUGUUGAGCACAAAUUUAAGAUAUAACUCCAGUUAUACGGAAUGUACCCAGACUCCAGCUUGUUCACCAAUUACAGUGUUUUAUGUUCAGGGUAAGUCGUCAUCAAUGUCUGGGUGCCUCAAUUGCUUCUCCAAUCCUCUAGGGAAAGAAGGGCGACUCAAAGGCUGUGGGUCACCUAAAAGUCUUCCUCGUGCUAGCAGUGUAAUUUCCACAGCUGAUGGCUCAUCUAGACGCCCCAGCGUCAACGAAUGCAGGGUGGUUGUCAAGACUGAGACACUUCCUGCCCCCAUUUCAGAAAAGUGUAAUAACCAAGUGAAACAAGAAAACGCAGCCAUGUCCAAUCAACAACCACGACCAAUCAGUGAAACUACUGGGCCUGAACCCAGUCCUCCAGUCAAACCUCCAAGAGACCCAACAGCCAUUAUAACCAAAGACAUUCAUAAACCACCUGUGCAGGAGUCGGCAGAUUUAAACUCCCCAUUUAGUCUCACUGCUGUCUUUUCAAACACAAUCUUCGGUGAUUCUGAGGGGAGCUCUUUAGGUGUUAUUGAAAGGAAUGACCACCCAGAUUUUUUUCUAUCUAUGAGUCCAAUGGGAAAACAAAACUGCAAUCCAUCGAGCCAUAAGUCUACUCAAAACACAUAAUCAACAAAUGGAAAAUGUGCAAAGUUGCAAUCUUGCUGGCAAUGGACUGAGAGGUUUGGCCACUUAUACUAGUAUGUGUUACUGGCUAAACAUGUAAAGCAGAUUGUUUACUGAGCCAUGUUUUUUUAGUUAUUUUAUUAUCCUCUGCUCUUGUUGAUUAUGCUUUGGAAACAUGUUAGGGCAGCGAUCUUAUUUUUUUCUCAUCAAGGGGGUGCAUACGGAAAAACAAAAGGUUUCAAAAGCCACUGACAGUCUCCACCCCAUAUUUAUUGUUCAAAAACAACUAGAUGGAAAACCAAAACAUAUUUCUGAAUUCCCCUGGGGUUAGUUUACCACUAUGCUGAAUAGCAGCACAAUCCCAUCUACCCAUUUUGAACUAAAACAAGAGCAAUCUGUUGUCGUCGAGCCUACUAAUCUUGAUAUGCAACAGCCAACUGUGACCGUUUAUAUCAUUUUCUUAGUGAUGGGCUGUGCAUUUUACAUCCAGGCCUUGAGUAGCUCCCUCUUAGUCUGACUUGAACAAAUAACCCUCAUAGUACCAUCAAUUACGACUCCAUGACUGAAGAAAUAAUAAUCAAAAACACACAUUAUUUGCAUACAUUGCAGAAAAGCAAAAACUAUGAAUGAAACAUAAUAAACGUGAAAACUUCAAUAAAAUGUUUGCACUCGGCUAACUGGCGGUCACCAAAAGUGGUUAUUUCCGCACAAAAUCCAUUUUCUUUUUUUUCAUCAAGACUUCACUGAUUGGUUGUAUGUGCAGUUUAUCUGUAUGUUUCCAUUCCAACUACACAUUGUUUUCUAUUGACAGAGGUUCCUAGCUUAUGUUAUGAUUCGCUUUAAGGCCGGGGACAUGUAAGCGAGCUCGGGGGUUGACUGUCCUCCUCUUUCGAAAGAGCGAACUUUUCUGGAAACGACGGUUUUUAAAAUGGUCUUGCCAGUUUAUCGCCCAGUUAUCUAAAUUUUUCUCUUCUUUGUUCAUUGUGGGGCAAAAAAACGGUUAUUAGAUUUUACUGGUAAAAGCUCCCAGGUGUGGUUCUGGUGUGACUGUUGAUCUGCAUAGAGAUGCCGGCUCUCAUAAGCAAGCAUCCAAUCACAGGACGCAUUGAUGUCAUGUUCAAGUUCCCAUGUGAAACUAGCUCAUUGGGUGCAACCAUGGAUCUGAUUGGCUUUCAAAACUAUUUAUCAACUAUAUGUGUGUGUAAAAUUUUGGACCGUGUUUCUCACACAUUUCAAGCCAUUCUCACGCCCAAAGCCAUUUCUCCAUUUCUCCCACCCCAAAACUUGAUCUUUGUCAUAUUAUAAAAUAAAAACAAGUCGCAGACUCUUAAAACUGGAUAAUUUACAUUUGCUGUGUAAACGUUGUACUGUGCAUUGUCAGUACAAUGUAGUCUGGCUCAUAGAUAUCACAUAUAUAGUAUAAGACUGAAUGUCUAAAGCAAGGGCGUAUGUUUGGUCUCAACAGUGGUAGGGACAGCAUAAGCUGCAUGAACACUUUUUGCUAGGGACAGGACAUUAAGAAGACCGAACAGAUUGGGUAGAUGGGGGUCAGGGCUUCAUUUCUCACAAAUAUGAACCUAAUAAUUGAUACCUUUUUUUUUUUUUUACUUUUGUUAUCAAAAACUACGAAAGAAACAUUUUGAAAACUUCCAGAAUGAAUGUCUGGAUUUUAUAGGCAAAUUUAAAUUGCAAUGUUUGAACAUAAAUUAUAUUAACAUACACACUUGUUAAUAAAAUCUUAACUAUUCAGGAAAUGCAAAAAAACAAACAUUUGUGUUCAGACCACUCAACAUUUGUCGAAAUAAAUUAAUUAUAGAGAAUUGAAAAAACAUCUUUGUCUGGGCAUAACAAAAAUAUAUAAAAAUGGAGCCUUCCUUCGGGUAUAAAACUACUGCUUUUGUCCACAAGCACAGCCAAACACAACCAAAAAAAUGAAAACAUUUUACCUCGAUUAUGAUGAAUGUAUGAUUAUCUGAAAAAUGUCUGUACAGGCUGCAAAUAAAAAAUAUUUUAAAAUAAAAUAAUGUAGAAAAUAAAUAUUUAAUAAAUGAAAGUCAUCAGCUAAUCAUACGUGCGUUUGAGGAGAAAAAAAUGGACCAGCACAUUCAGCAACUGAAAAGAGGUCAGUUUAAGUCUGAACAUUAGGAAAUUAAUUCAAUUCAUAAUGGUAGCGUCAAUUCUAUCCUUACAACAUAUGGGAACACAAUCUACAUGACCUAUACAUAUUUAAUGCAAAUAAGGUUGCUUUAAAGUUGGUGGGGACAAUUUGAGCAUCCUGAAAAGUUGCUAGUGUUAUGUCUCUACUGUCCCUGUGCAAACCUACACCCUUGGUCUAAAGGCAGAGUCGGUGGCACACCCAUUGACCAUUUGCAUCGUCUAAUUUUUCUAGCGGGCUCUGUUGUAGUGUAUGCAAGGUGAGUGAUUUCCUCCACAAAAAUACUCUUAACUCGCUAAACUAACUACAUAUUAAAGAUGAGGUUAUUGAAAUAUUUCUCUUUCAAGAGAAAGAUGAGAUGAAGCAAGUCAUAUGUCACUGGCU